AGAAGCCACACCAUCUCCUCCGACUACAGUUUCUCCUCCACCUAGCUGCAAAGCCAGUUCUCAAAGGAGUCAUGGGUUCCCACGGAUCAAGUCUGGAUGACAUCCUGGAGGAGGACAUGCACCACUGGUACACAAAGUUCAUGAGGGAAUCUCCAUCGGGAGUCAUCACACUGUUUGAGCUGAAGACGAUGCUUGAGAUAAAUGGGAUGACAGAGGAGGCCAGCAGUUACGUGGACCAAGUCUUCUUGACCUUCGACAUGGAUGGGGACGGCUAUCUGGACUUUGUUGAAUACAUUGCAGCUAUAAGCUUGUUACUAAAAGGAGAAGUGAACCAGAAGCUGAAGUGGUACUUUAAGCUCUUCGAUCAGGAUGGAAAUGGGAAAAUUGACAAGGAGGAGCUGGAAACGAUAUUUAAGGCUAUUCAAGAUAUCACCAGGAGUUACGACAUCCCUCCAGAACAGAUUGUGACUCUUAUAUAUGAGAGAAUCGACGUCAAAAGAGAAGGUGAGCUGACGCUGGAGGAGUUCAUCAGUGGGGCGAAGGAGCACCCGGACAUCAUGGACAUGCUCACCAGGAUGAUGGAUCUUACUCAUGUCCUUGAAAUCAUUAUCAAAGGCCAAAAGAGGAAAUCUUUGAAAUGAGUUCAGGAAGGACACACAGGAUUGUGGGUAGAGUUGCUUUGGACGAGUUAAUCCAAAUCGCUGACUGAGCCGUGGAAGGGAGAGAGACAAUUUUCUCCCCCUUUUCCCUGCCAUCCCAGUGCUUUCUUUGCAGCGUUGUUUAGGUGUGAAGCACUCUAAUAGACACUUUUUAAACUGAGAUGUAGAAAAGAGAAGACAAUUUUCUCCAAGGAUGAUUCCAAGCUGUGCGAUUUGGAUGAAAGUCAAGAUCGGUUUGUGUCAGCAGGAGCUCACUGAGCUGGAAAUGUUGUUUCCAGUCUUGUAGAAGUAUCAGGGGUA